CUAAACCGGGCGUUACAUUUCCAACGCUGUGAUCUCUCGCCCUGUGUGCGCGAGGCAAAACCACGGUCUACGGUGUUGGUUCCCAGGCUUGAGUGAACAUCCGGCUAGCUGACUACAUCAUCUAACCAUGCCGAAAGCAAAAGAGGCGUUGUCUUCCUCAUCGGCCAGUGACUCUGACAGUGAGGCUGAAACAAAGGCCAAGAGGAAGAAGGCAAGCAAAGUGGAGAAACCUGCUAAAAAACCGAAGGGUGGAGAGAGCUCCAAGCCAAGCGGCUCUGCCAAGAGUGAUAACAGUGCUGGUGACAACAUGUUUCAGAUCGGGAAGUUACGAUACGUCACAGUCAGAGAUUUCAGAGGAAAGGUGUUGAUUGACGUUAGGGAAUACUGGAUGGACCAAGCCGGGGAAAUGAAACCUGGCAAAAAAGGUAUCUCGUUGAACCCAGAGCAGUGGAACCAGCUGAAGGAACAAAUGUCGGACAUCGAUGACGCAAUAAGAAGAUUAUAAAAAUUUAUCUGUGUUUUGUUGGGAGGGCCGGGUGGUUUUUAAGAGUUCUCUGGCAUCUGGACUCCGGGUGGGGGGGAAAAAAAAAACUGAUUUGUGUUUAUUAUUUCUUCAGAUUGUGUGUAGUUGCUAGGGAUGGACCAAUCCUAAUCCCCCCCCCUCCCCUCCUCCUCCUCCUUUCCAUUUUCGAUGUGAUAUCAAUAUGCGCUUAAAAGCAUCAGACGAUACACAACCACUUUGGUUUUUUUUUGUUGCAAGUGUCUGUUGCCAGGUUAUGUAAGACAUUACAGACAUGAUAUUCCUUUGAAAAGUGUGUGUGUGUCAAUCAAUCUUCAUGGCAGUCCGCUCUAGUCCCAGUGUGUGUGUGUAUUAAGCCAGUACGGGACCGAUAGCACUAUGGGUUGGUGUAUCCCUGGUAAAUACUAGUGAAGUGAAGGGUUUUGUUUUUCUUCUUCCUUUUGGUGAUUAUAUGUUCAGAAUUCAAACCUGCUGCUUAUUGUUUGUAAUAGAUGGCUGAAAGUCCACAACAGAUAAACACUGCUUUGGGAAUUAA